UCUCCACUCUCUCUCUCUCUCACACACACACACACACACAGAGAACAGCCCUCUCCCCUCUCUCUCUCUCUCUCUCUCACACACACACACACACAGAGAACAGCCCUCUCCACUCUCUCUCUCUCUCUCUCACACACACACACACACACACACAGGACAGCCCUCUCCUCUGACAGGGACACACCCUUUCCUGACACAGUCACACCCUCUCUCCUCACACACUGGCUCACACUCCCCCUCUGGCUAUCUCCCCUCCCCUGGCCCCAGCGCUGCCGGGAUCUCCGCGGGAGCGGCCACCCUGCAGCCCCCAGCCCGCCCGCGGAGCGCGGGGAGGCGGGCUCGCCGCCAGGGCCAGUGGCCCAGGGGGGAGAGGGCAGCGCGGGGCGGCCCCAGCUGUUCCCUCCGGCCGCACCUGCGAGCGCAGCAGCCCCCGGUCGGCGCCUGGCGGCAGCGGAGCAGAGCGGCUCCAGCGGCGGCCCCGGCCCGGAUGGCUGGGCCAGCGGAGAUGGAGCUCGGAGGGCAGCACCCCAGCGCCGCGGGGCUGCCCCGGACAAGCUGAGCCGCCGAGCCGCGGAACCCGCCUGCUGCCCCCGGAGUAGGCGGCAGGAUGUGGAACCAGAGCGGCUGGCCGAACUCCAGCGCGCCUGCCCCGGGCUACGAGAACGACACCUGGCCCGAGUACCCCGUGCACCUGUUCCCAGCCCCGGUGCUGACGGGCAUCACGGUCACCUGCGUCCUCCUCUUCGUCGUUGGGAUUCUAGGCAACCUCAUGACCAUGCUGGUGGUGUCCCGGUUCCGAGACAUGCGGACUACGACCAACCUCUACCUGUCCAGCAUGGCUUUCUCCGACCUGCUGAUCUUUCUCUGCAUGCCCCUGGAUCUCUUCCGGCUCUGGCAGUACCGACCCUGGAACUUCGGAGACCUCCUCUGCAAGCUCUUCCAGUUCGUCAGCGAAAGUUGCACUUACUCCACCAUCCUCAACAUCACAGCCCUGAGCGUGGAGAGGUACUUCGCCGUCUGUUUCCCCCUCAAAGCAAAAGUAGUGAUCACCAAAGGGAAAGUCAAGCUGGUCAUCCUGGUCCUCUGGGCUGUGUCCUUUGCAAGCGCGGGACCUAUUUUUGUCUUGGUUGGGGUUGAGCACGAGAAUGGAACGAACCCCUUGGACACCAACGAGUGCAGAGCUACGGAGUAUGCGAUCAAAUCAGGGCUGCUCACCAUCAUGGUCUGGACCUCCAGCGUCUUCUUUUUCCUGCCUGUGUUUUGCCUGACUGUGCUUUACAGCCUUAUUGGGAGGAAAAUCUGGAGGAGGAAGAGAAAGAACAUAGGACCAAAUACCUCUGUCAGGGACAAGAACAACAAACAAACUGUGAAAAUGUUAGCUGUGGUGGUGUUUGCUUUCAUACUCUGCUGGUUGCCUUUUCAUGUAGGACGAUAUUUGUUUUCCAAAUCCUUUGAAGCCGGAUCCUUGGAGAUAGCUGUGAUCAGCCAGUACUGCAACUUGGUAUCCUUUGUCCUCUUCUACCUUAGUGCUGCCAUCAACCCUAUCCUGUACAACAUUAUGUCUAAGAAGUAUCGAGUUGCUGCUUGCAGGUUGUUUGGACUCAAAGUUCUCCCAAAGAACAGAUUCUCUGUUACAAAGCAGGAACAUUCUCGUGCUUGGUCAGAAUCUAGUGUGAUUACAUGACAACCUAUAUCAAGUGCUAAAGCAUCACUUACGAAUAUUAUACAGAAAGCCAUAAUGAAAGAGAAAGAUAUUCAAAGCAAAAUGUAAAGCAGUAUUUCUGUUCAUCACUGGGGCUUGAUGAAAGAUAUGAUGUAGCCAGUUAAAGGUAAGACAAAUGAGUUGAGCACUGAGCAGAUGACAGGUGAUCCAUGCUGACAGAACUCAGCAAUGCUCUAGUGUUAUUUUCCUGCAGCUUUUGGUGCCUAUGAUUUUAUAUGAAGACACUGGCAAGGGAGCUGGGCUUUACCAUUAAAAAGCAGGAGGCAACCCUGUCCACCUUACUUAUGUGACUUCAUUGGGAGCUAAGGUGAGCAGGAUUUGUCCCAUGAUAACCUUAACACGUCAAUGGAAUCAGGAUAGCAAUCCGAUCAACUUCAUUGAAAGUUUUGCCUAAGUAAAGAUGAGUCCCUAGAAGAAGUUUAAUUCAGCUGCCUUUUGCAAGUAAACAUUGAAUUUGUUGUGCUAUGCCAUAAUCAUGGUCAAAAGCUUUCAAGGGGAAAUGAUUUAUGAAAGAGAAAGAAAUAAAAGUGGAAAAGUUUCAAACAUGCUAAAAAUCAAUGGCCUUCAGAUCAUGUCAGAACAGAAGGGAAAUAAAAACAAUACCUUAGGCAGAACUGCCUUACAAAGCUAUUAGAGCAGUACUGAAUUUUUUUUUUUAAUGUAUCAGUAUGGCAAGGACAGUAUUAGCUUCAGAAUCACAACGAUGUAGUAAGGAAAACUACUGAAUGCAAUCCCCACCAAAGUGAUCUUUUAAAGAAGAAAUAUUCCUUAGCAUGAUAUUUUUUCCCACUAAAAACUUUAAAUCACAAAUCUCAUCAAAAUGCGACUGAAAAGAUAGCUAUAUCAUCCACACAGUUUCUUUGGCUUGAUUGUAAGUAUCUUGAUGUCUUUGAACUUGCAAGCUUUAUUGUUUUAAUAUUGUAACAAAUCUGUGACUAGCUAGGAACUGUCCACUUGUCAUUGUGCUGAACACCAUGGCUACUCAGAACUUGGUUACAGGGAGGGUAAUUAACCAUUGGAAUGAACAAUUUACUAAGGUCAUGGUGGACUCUCCGUCACUGACAAUAUUUAAAUCAAGAUUGGAUGUUUUUCUUAAAAAUAAGUUCUAGGAUUUAUUUUGGGGCAGUUCUAUAGCCUGCUAUACACAGGAGGCAAGACCAGAUAAUCGCAAUGAUCCCUUCUGUGAAUCUAUGAAACUCCUGUCCCAAAAGCACAGCUCCCUUUCAUCUAAAGAAUAUCAGUUUGCUGUUACCAGUAUAGUGCCUAUGAUGCACUGCUGAGCAGUUCUGAUUCCAUCCAGCAGAGAGCAGUGACACACUUUAAAACACACACAGGGUUGCUGAUCUUCAAAACCCUUGAAUUCCAUGAUUUUUGUAACUCAGGUCUCUUUUUCCAGUACUGUCCAUCUUUUAUGCUGUAUGGAUGUCCUGUACUGCCUCUAUUGUUAUGUAGGCUUAUACAGUCUUAUAGCAUGCAUGUGGAAUAGCAGAUUUAUACUUAUUUUGUUUCUUGUAUUUGUUACUGAUUGGCCCAUAGCUUGCUCCCCUUAAUAAAUUAUCCGUCUUGUCCAAAAUUCCUUUAAGGAUAAUGGGCCAUAUUCUACUCUUUUACACCUCCAGUUAAUGGAACGGCUCGGGUGUAACUAAGAUCAGAAUUUGGCCUAUUCUGUAUCUGCUGUAUGUUUUGCAUAUAGAUUGUUUUGUUUGGGCUGUGCUAUCUGAAAAGCAUUAAAGUUAAGACUGCUUCUUUUGGGAUGUGACACCUGAGUCCAUUUUGUGGCCUGUUCCUGCACUUGCUGAAGCCAGUGAGCAUCUGUAAUGUGAAGUAAUUGGGUGCAAACGUAUAGGUGAAGAGACAAAAGCAGCUGGGUUUAUAACCAUCCAAGAUGCAAAGGGUUAACAAAUUAAAAACUCAAGGGUGAGGCAAGCCCCUGACUGUCUGACACCAGUUCAUGUUCUGCUAGUAUGAGACAGAAGCAGGUAACUGACAGACUAGACUAUAGAAUUGUCUCUGAGCUGGUAUCUAGCGGCAUCUCUGCUUUGUUGAUUUUUUUCAUUUUUCUGUUGAGACACAAACAGGGUUCUGGUUAGACGCAUCAUACAACUCAGGGAAACGAGAAACUUGGGGAUCUUGAAAAGACUGUAAAGAUAUUAUUAGCUUACAAACUGUGUUACUCUGUAUACAAAUGGAACAUAACCAUAAACAUUUCUAAAUUUAACUGUGUUUGAUAGUAUUAUGUGUGGACAGAAAAUGUAAUAAAUUUAUGAGAAACUUUCCAAUACUACUGUUUACACUAUUUGGGGAGGGAUGGGAAUUAGAAACAUUUCUAAUGUGUUGCUUUUAUUCCCAAGGUAAAAUAUAACUAUUGCUCAGAUUCAUUACUUAGCAUAAAUAACUUCUUGUAAGUAAAGUUUGAGCCUGAGUCUCAUUACACUAAAACCACUUUACAUUGCCAAAUGUGAUAAAGUGGCCUCAGUGGAAAUAAGAAUAAGGCCUGGCCUACACAUAAUUUUUAUCCCAGUAUAACUAUUUCAGUUAGCAAAAAGAAAAGGAGUACUUGUGGCACCUUAGAGACUAACCAAUUUAU